AUGGACAAAAAGAUGAAUCCGCUAAAGUUGAUUAAUGAUCCCAUUCAUGGUUACGUGAGAUUUGAAGAGUGGGCAAUAAAAUUUAUAGAUACACUACACUUUCAAAGAUUGUGUGAUAUCAAGCAAUUAGAAACUAGUUUUUAUGUUUUUCCAGGUGCAACUCAUAGUCGUUUUGAACACAGCUUGA